UUAAUAUGUACUCCGUAUUAGAUUACAACCUGGUUGUUAAAUCUGGACCCGAGACUGCCGAAGUACCGAUACCAAUCUCUUCUCUCGCGUCUGGCCGUUUGCUGCAACUCCCAGUCGGAUUGCUUCUUCUUGCCGCCGACCGUCGUUGCCGAGUGGGCAGAUUGCUAAGCUCUCGACGACUCGCCGUUUUCCGAUUCGCAGGUGCCAGGUAUUCACUCUUCAGUUUCAGGUAUUCCCGUUUAGGUUUGCCGAUCGGCUUAAGGGCGGCAGACUAAUGGAGGGAUUCCCUUUUAUCUGAAACGCUUCGAUUCUGCUGGAAAAACGUUUCGGAAACGUUUCUGGCACCCUGCUCAGAAGCCCAAAUCCCUCAUAAACGUUUCCCUGCGUUUCCCUCCCGUUUCCGGCCGUUUCCACACGUUCCGUUUCCGAAACUGUUCCGGAACGGAAACCUGGAGGUGAACGGUGUUUCCCAUCUUCCUAGUUUGCCAUGUUGCAGUGCUUAGAGGGAAUCAGGAACCUGGGUGCUUCAGUGCUACGAUGUUGUGAUCUUGAUUUUAAGCAAACAAGGGGUCUUGAUGAUCCUGAAAUCCUUGCACGAGAGACUGUGUUUAGCGUAAGUGAAAUUGAAGCACUAUAUGAACUAUUUAAGAAGAUUAGCAGUGCUGUAAUUGAUGAUGGGCUGAUCAACAAGGAAGAAUUCCAAUUGGCUCUAUUCAAGACAAACAAAAAGGAAAGCUUGUUUGCUGACCGGGUGUUUGACUUAUUUGACACAAAGCAUAAUGGCAUACUUGGUUUUGAGGAGUUUGCCCGAGCUUUGUCUGUUUUCCAUCCAAAUGCUCCUAUUGAUGAUAAGAUUGAGUUUUCAUUUCAACUAUAUGAUCUCAAGCAACAAGGUUACAUUGAGAGACAAGAGGUGAAACAAAUGGUGGUUGCUACCCUAGCUGAAUCUGGAAUGAACCUUUCUGAUGAUGUAAUUGAAAGUAUUAUAGACAAGACCUUUGAGGAAGCUGAUACAAAACAUGACGGGAAGAUCGAUAAGGAGGAAUGGAGGAAUCUAGUCUUGCGCCACCCGUCACUGCUCAAGAAUAUGACCCUUCAAUAUCUCAAGGACAUCACUACUACGUUUCCAAGCUUCGUGUUUCACUCUAGAGUUGAGGAUACUUGAUAACACAGGAUAAGGUCGUGUUGGAAAGUAUUUAAGUUGCAAUUUUCUUUUAUUGGGUAAAAUUGUAUUGUGUUGUGAUGUUCUUUUAUUUCAUUCUAUUAUUAUAUGAUUAGUAAUUCUUUUUUUCUUUUGGGAAUCAUAAGUUAAUGUAAUUUCUGUGCCAAUAAAUUAAAUGAUCUUCAAUUCAAUGCCUGCUUGUACAUUUUCAUAGUUAAAAUCAAGCAUCUGAUC